AUGGUGCUAUCUCUGUAUCUCCCAUUACUGCAUCUCCUGUAUCUGGAUUCCCCGUUGAUCCUCCAAGCAACCCGAGGCCAGCUCUUCCAAUACCCCUCCAGCAACACCUGCGCAUACAUCACUGCAAGCAGCUCGCAAGGCAUCAACGUUCCGGCAUGUUCCUUUACGACCUGCCCAAACGCGUUCAUCGCUACCGUCAUCGCCCCUUCGUCCAGCGGAUGCACACGCCCGCACGCCUUCGACCGCAUCGUCGCUCUCGCGGCCACUGGAAAUACCCUCACACACAAACCUACCGAGUCGGGUCUCUUCAGGAAGAUCGUCACCAACGAUUGGCCUGGCUUCCAGCCAAAGGGCGUAUAUCGACCACGUACCGACGAGCUUGUAGAGGCACGCAAGACCCACUUGGAUGUUGACCGGAUCGAGCGCACGCGGCUUGAGCGUCGGCUGGAGAAGUUGAUCAACCUGCACUUCCCCUCUGAGCAGAAAUCGAAGGAGAAGACCCAAGAAUCUGAGCAUCCUUCGCGACCCAACAAGCGGCUAUCGUCUAUAUUCGAGAUGGACUUUUCCGAGUUAAGGAGUAAGAACGCUAGCGAUCUCUGGCGCAACGUCGUCCAAUCCCAGGCGCAGCCCGCAGGAAAGAAUGACAUACGGAUCAUUUGUUCGCUGCCCGUUAAAUAUCCACAGCGUCCCCAGACGUGUUCCCUCCUCUUCGUUGCGGAUCCGAAAACUGGCCGGAUAGAAGAGGUAGACGAAGGCGUCGACUAUGGCGUCCGACGGAGAACUACCUCCUCGUCACAGGCAAUGGGCAGAGGUAGUGGUGACGGUUUCAGCGAGGAAGAGAAGUUCUUGAAAGGCGUCCGAAUAUGCCGAGACUGCCGGCCAGUUCUCCUACGGCACCAGCACAAGCGCGAAGUACACAGCGCGCCGAUUUUCAUCAAGCUCUAUGACGCAUUCAUCAACCUUGAGCGAGAGAUCGAGGAUGCGCUGCCCCAGUUCCAAGAGCUCAUGAUCAGCCUCAAUAAGCAAGAACGACCGACGCCAGAGGCUUCCGCCGCCCGAAAACGGUUGCUGGAGGCUUUCGGCCAGUAUGACAUUCUUGCCAAACGAAUACGAAGACUUCCCUGCCCAGGGGGACCCGGUUCUUCUCAGGAUCGUAUGCAGGCUGCCAUCUUGACGCGUGCCAACAUGUUCUUGCAGAAACAUAUGUUCCCGUUACAGUCCUUGCCCAAGCCCAAGGGCAGUAUCAAUUCGUCCCAAGAUGCUAAGCAAGAGGACCAACCUAUGGGCGUCGAUCCUGAUUCGGAAGCUGCUCGAGUUCUUCAACCUUUACUGGAACAAGAGGCAUUGCUCGAGACCUUUGUGGAGGAGGCCAAGGCUCACAGGAAAUUUGAAGAUGUGCAGACCUUGAAAGCGAACCUUAAGGAGGUUAGAACUGAGAUUAACAGGAUUGUCGCCAACGCACACGCCGGCAUGGGUAGUGAGUCUCAUGCAAAAGGACGGACUAUCAAGGUUAUUACGAAGUAG